AGAGCCAUGCGGAACUGCAACUAUCAACACAUGAGACCAUAAAGCCUCAUAAAGCUGCUUCCAAUUCCUGCACAGAUGACUGAAAUGACACUGCUGCUCUAAAGCGCCUCAGCACCAUUUAAGGGCACGUCUCGGCUAUUAAAUACAAGGUCGAUCAUGAGUGCUAAAGCAGUGAGCUGCACAAUAAAAUCACCUGUCGCUCUGCAGAUUGGAGAUGCUGUAUCUGAUUCAUCUCGCCCUGGCGUCUAUAUAACAGACAUCAACCUCGCUGAGCCUGUGAACAUUCAGGAAAUCUCUUUCAAGAACUACUACGCGGCGUAUUUGACGGUCCGUUUGCAGCGGAGAGAGGAUGGUUCUGCUAAGUGGGUCACUUGUUUGAGAAACUACUGCCUCAUGAGCAACCCACACGCUGAGGCCGGAUCACAUGACUAUUUCUCCAUCUACAGACAACAGAUGUUGACAGAGCCUGAUAACGUGACGACAGUGAGACUCAUCUUGCGACAGCCCUCCUCAGAAUGGCUCAAUUUCAGCAUUGAGGAAAUAAACAUUUACCCGUGUGCAAAAGAGGACUCAGAGCGAGACGUUCCUGUCUGGUUAUCCACUCUCACACCUGUAGACGAACCUCUUGAUUUGAACGGACUUCCUGAUCCAGAGACAGUUUCCUCCAGCAUUCAGCAGAUGUGGGCACUCACUGAAAUAAUGCAGGCAAGCCAAACGGCAGCUUCAAUUGGACGUUUCGACGUGGAAGGCUCCUAUGACGUCAAAUUACUGUCGUACACAUGACGGGAAAGCUGAAAACUGAACCAUACUACAAAUUCAUCGACUGUUUAUUCAGUUUAGAAUUGAAUUUCUUGAGCUACUGACUACUUGCACUGAGAUAGUUGUAUUUAAAAUUGUACUUAUUAUUUAUAUAGUGUGUUUUAUUGAUAUUUUAUCCCACUUAAUAUUUAUUUUAAGGUUUCAGAAUAGUUUAGCUUACUUCACAUGAAAACUUGUCUAUCUAUCUAUCUUAUUUGUCCCAUAACAGCGGGCACAGCCAUUUGUAAGUUUUAUGGGUCUGGUUUCAGGUCUCAUCAUCAUUCAGCUAUUUUUAGCUGUGCUUGUUAUUUGCAAAUUAGUGUCUUAACAUAUUUUAAUGUAUCUUAAUUAUGAACACACAAACCGUUUUACCGUUUACUGCAAUUUGUUAUUCUUCUGGUUACUUCCCUACAGCGGCUAAUUAACCGGAAGUCUCGCUCGUAGGCUUAUCCCGCGUCGAAGAAUAAGGUGUAUAUUUUUUUCUUUCAGCACAGUAUUAUGUAUAAUACACACAAACGAUUGAAAAUUCAUUCGUCGAAAGUUAUGAAGAGCCCGUAUCUCAUCAGUUGAUGUGUAAAUUAGCAAGACUGCUUUGCGCAUUUGUGUUCACAUUCAAUAAAAAUAAUCUUCCAUGCGUUCAAAUGUUUCUCAUUCAUCUUAGACUCCGUCGUUUGUAAAUAAUACUAAUGAAUCUCAGUAACGUUAUGUAAUUACAUUGAUGUACAGUGUAGGCUUCUUUCUUAAGAUUUAUUGUCAUAUUUUCAGCACGGAGUUAGAUAAAUAGGCUACUGUUGUACCACGUAACGGCAACCUAAAUAUUAAGAUAACCGUCAUGUUGAAGUUUUAAAGAGACAUCAAUCUAGCCAGACUUCACUAUCGUAUCUUUUGACGUCUGUUUUCAAAUGUUAAUGAAAUACGUCUCACUUUGUGUUAAUUAAAACUCAAUGGACAUGUUCAUGGUUGCCAGGCAGUAAUCAAGAGCAGCGCUGCUUCCUAAUGCUAAUCAUUGGAAAUCAAUGGUCGGCGUCCAAGAGGAGCCUCCAUCUGUCUCUGCUGGCAUCUCGCGUACAUCAGAGAGACCAUCGUCUAUGCAACAUUAGCCUGCAAAUGGAGCGCCGCGAUUCCGUACCCACAAUGUCGGGCGAAAAGAUCUUUCUUGUGCAGAAUCCGAUGGAUGAUAUUCGUAAGUUAAACUCUCUUAAGUGACUAAACGGCGUUGUGUGUCAGUUUGAGUCAUUUUAUUAUCUGCAGCGUGAGCUACGCCUAUGUUUUUUUUUUUUAAAUAGCGCUGGGUUUUAUAUGAAUUUAAUGUGUCAUCAUAAUUAUAACUUUUUCAAAGCACUUCAACUUAAAGUUUAUUCAUUUUACUUACCAAGAUUCGCACGGUUCAUUUGCUUGUGUCUCCAAUAGAUGGCAGCAGAUAAACACGUAAACAAAUGACGUAAACAAAAUGAUCACCUGCCAGUUUGGAGAUAGCAAUUUUAAAUAUUUCACAGUCUUAACACCCACAUUUAAUCCAUUUUGAUGACACGACUGUUAGUCAAAAACUGGGAAAUAAUCUAUCCACGUAAGUAAAAAAAUCUGUUUAUUAUGAUAUAUGUGACCCUGGACCACAAAACCAGUCAUAAGUGUCAAUUUUUCAAAAUUGAGCUUCAUACAUCAUCUGAAAGCUGAAUAAAUAAGCUUUUCAUUGAUGUAUGGUUUGUUAGGAUAGGGCAAUAUUUCAACAAUUUCAGUAUAUGGAAUCUGAGGGUGCAAAAAAUUCAAAAUAUUGAGAAAAUCUCCUUUGAAGUUUACCAAAUUAAGUUCUUUGCAAUGCAUAUUACUAAUCAAAAAUUAAGUUUUGAUACAUUUACAGUAGGAAAUUUACAGAAUAGCUUCAUGGAACAUGAUCUUUACAUAAUUUCCUAACGAUUUUUGGCAUAAAAGAAAAAUCUAUAAUUUUGACCCAUACAAUGUAUUUUUGGCUAUUGCUACAAAUAUAGCCCAACGACUUAAGACUGGUUUUGUGGUCCAGGGUCACAUAUAAGCCG